AUGGCCAAUCUAUUGCCAAGCGAGAAGCUCCAGGAGGAGCGGUUGAUCCGGAAAUUGCGUGACUAUCAGCGUGCUAACCAGCCCAACAAGCGAUGUUUCGAUUGCAAUGAAAUGAUGCCGCAAUAUAUCUGUCUCGAUUUUAAUACAUUCGUCUGUACUGCUUGCAGUGGCAUCCAUCGAGAAUUUGCACAUCGAGUCAAAUCCAUUUCCAUGUCCAAGUUCACGGAGAGUGAAGUCAAGACCAUGAUAAACCACGGCGGGAAUGAGGCAGCUCAAAAGUACUGGAGGAGCAAGCACGACCCGAGCUUUCGUCCAAGUGGAGGCAACGACGGCGAGCGCACGCGCAACUUUAUUCGUUUGACGUACAUUGACCGCAAGUGGGUGUACGAGUCUCCACGCCGUGCUAAGGAUCAAGAACGUGAGCGAAAAUCGAAAAGCAGCAAGAAGAAAGAGAAGAAAAGUAACAGUGAUGAUGACUUAUUUUCGUCCAGUUCGAAACCUGCCAAGUCUACCACUGAAAGCGGGUUUGGUGACUUUUCCAAUUUCGAAGGCAGUAGUAGAACGGCAGCUACAGUGCAGUCGUUUGGCGAUUUCGAUACCUUCAGUAGUUCAGCCCCUGCGAAAAAAGCUACUGAAGAUUACACAGAUUUUGGUAAUUUUAAAGGAUCAAGUGCAGCUCAAAAGAUAACAUCAAAGACGACUCCACCCUUGCCAGCGCCGAAGUUUGCCUCGUUCAAGAUUGCGCCACCACCUGGAUCCGACUUUUCUGCGUCCAGUGUUAGUGCGAUACCCGCUACGGAGAAUCUCAUGGGUCUUAGUGCGCCGAAGCAGGGUGACAAUCCGUUUGAGUUUGAUGCUCCAGCACCAACGACCGAACAAUCAAGCCACCCAGCUCCGGUAGCCUCAUCUUCGUAUAAUUUUGAUGCCCCAACACCAUCCAGUCACGCAGAAAGUCGCCCCACUUCGGCAUUACUUGAUCCCUUUAGCAACAUGGCAGCCGCAGUUCCGUCAACACCAGUACCAGCCCAUCAGAAUGUUUCGCCUUUUGAUGCAUUCAGCACUCCGAAAGUAUCAUCACCUCCGGCGUUUGAUGCGCUCAGCGCCCAAUCGCCUGCAUCCACGGCGAGCAGCAACGUAUUUGAUGCAUUUGGUGGAGGUGAAGACGCCUUCAAAGAUUUUACCCACUCGUCAAGAACAAGUUCGGCCAACCCGGUGUUGGAUCCAUUUGCCACCGCAGCUGAGAAACCUGUUUCUGCUGCUGCCUCCGCUGAUCCAUUUGCGGCUUUUGAUGGUAUGCAGCAAAGCAAUAGUGCUGCAUCGACGCUUGGCAGUGCAGCUCCUACACCCGACUUUGGUCCAUCAACAGGCUUCCCAGGGGGCAACAGUGUCAGCCAGCAGCAAGCUGCGAUGAAGGGUCCGUUCGGGUUUGCAAGUGCUACAAUUAACAACAGCGGGUUUCCUACAGCUCAGCAGCCACAAUACCAUCCUGCAGCUCAGCAGCCGCAAUACUAUCCUGCCACUGGUGCAACUAGUCAACCGUUUGGUGGGUUUUCACAGCAGCAACAGCUCCAGAAUGCCUUUGGUCAUCAAAUGCAGCAGCAGUCAAUGCAAUCAUUUGUCCAAGGACAACCACCACAAAACCAGCAGCAAUGGUAUGGACAACAACAAGGAUUUCCUGGGCAGCAGCAGCCGACGCACUUGACUGGACAUCAGUACGCCGUGCAGUUUCCACCUCGCCCAGCUGGAGGCGCUCCUCCUGCACCGAUCACAGUAAAGACCCCGGCAUCAGCGUCUUCGAUCAACGACCCUUUUGCCUCACUCAGCAUCGGCAACCUAGGAUUUGGUGGCUCGAGCAACACUACUACAACCCACACAGGUUCAGGUGGGGGAGCUUCUUUUGCACCUUUUGCACCUGCAAACCAACCCGGGACAAUUAACUCAUUUGGGAACGCCCCAACAUCCUCUGGAUCCAUCUCCUACGCACAGCCACAAGCUCGAGCGGCGGUCUCGCUUCCUCAGCAGAAUACUACCACGUUUGCAGAUCCUAAUGCGUUCGCCGACUUUGCGGGUGCGCCAGGUCCAGCUCCAUCCCAGACGUCAGCCUCUUCAGCUAACCCUUUUGACUUGUUUUGA